AUUUUUAUUUUCGUUUCAUAUCUAUAAGAAAUAUGGACGUCUCAAAAAUACGAAUACGUAUAGACCCUUACAUAUCUAAGCUGGUUUCCUUACAACUUCAUUGUAUUCUUAAGGAAGAUUCUAAGUUCAGUAAUUGUAAGGUGGAAGAGGAGGAUUUACAUCAUUUCGUGGUCUCAUCCUCUCGACAUGAUAACUUGCAUACUCUUUAUACUAGACUCGAAAAAUUUACUUCCAAAUUUGCAGUUUAUGAUUGCAAGAUAGUGCCAAGUGAAUAUUCAAAGUUUAUAGAUUUGCUAUUGAAAGAAUAUGAUUGGAGAGAUUAUGAACCAAUAAGUAAAACAGAAAUAGUUGUAUUUGGCGAUUCGAAAAAUGCAGAGAAAAUGAUUUCUUCAAAAAAAUUUCAAUCAAAAAUAGAUCAUGCUUUCAAGAAAACAGAUUUAAUUUUCUGUGAUUAUAGUUUUCCGACAUCUGCAGAAACUGCUAGUGCUACAGCAACAGCAGCAGCGACGUUCACGACUACAAGAAGCGCUGAAAAAGAUUCAAGAAAAACAAAAAAAGAAAUAAUUGAAAUUCCUUCACUAAUUAGAGAUAAGCUUCCGGAAUAUUUCUGUCUAAAAGGAAUAAAAGGACCAGAAGUAAAUUUUCUCAAAGGCGACAUAUGUAAGAUGAAAGUUGAUAUUCUUAUUUGCGGAACAUCACUGUCUUCUAAUUUUGGCUUAUUAAGAGAGAUUUGUAAAAUUGUACCAGAUGUAGGAAGACAAAUACAAACUCCUCUAUCAAGAAUUGAGAUACUGAAGGUCAAUUGCCACUUUAAAAAACUCAUGCUAGUGCCCUUACCCCCUGAACAGAAGCAGCUUAAAACUACUUUCAACAAAAUGAUCAAGGCUAUUAGUAGCGAGACAGGUAUUAAAACAAUUGCAACUCCAAUGUUAGGAGCAGUUAAGUACCGUGAUAGCACAAAAUGCCUAGAAUUGCUAUUAAGUGCAGUCUCACAAUUGUUAAGCACUCAGAAAAUUUUCGUUGUUGAUAUAUUCACCGAUUUUUUAAGCGAAAGGCCUACUUUAUUAAAGAGCUUUCAAGGUGUUCCACUGACUUUCGAGAAACAGAAAAUUUCGAAAGAAUUUUUCGACCCCAAUACUAUUAGAAAAACACGUUCUGUUUGUGCAUUUCCGUCCGAAUCGUAUACUCAACUCUCCUCUCUAAAUGCUCACAGAGCUAGUGUAAAAGACUUCUCAGAAAAAGGUACCGAUUAUGCUACAUACAGAAAGGAACCAUCUUUAUUUGACGAGGAAAUGGAUUGUUCUGAAGGAGCUACCAGUAGUUCUGAUCGGAAAUUACCGGGUUUUGAAUGCAUAGUUUGCUUUGAAUAUUCAGACGAGCCUUAUAAAUUACCAUGUGGCCACAUGUUUUGUAAAUCUUGCGUAAAAAAAUUAAAAUUACGAAAAAUAACAAAUUGUCCAACAUGUAGACAAACUUUUCAAGGACUAGAAGGAAAUCAACCUCCUGGGAAAAUGUUCCACAAAAUACUAAAAACUAGUUUAUCUGGUUAUGAAAGUUAUGAUACGAUAUGUAUUGUAUAUGAAUUUGAAUCAGGAACACAAACGGAUGAACAUCCAAAUCCAAAACACCCUUAUAAAGGUACGAUUAGAUAUGCAUAUCUUCCGAAUUCACCAGAGGGUCAGAAACUGUAUAAGCUUCUAGAACAAGCAUUCCAGCAAAAAUUAAUAUUUACGAUCGGAAAUUCUUCAACCACCGGCAAAAGCAAUACCAUCACUUGGAAUGAUAUUCCCCAUAAAACGAGCAUGAGGGGGGGACCAGAGAAUUACGGUUACCCCGAUAAAGGAUAUUUAGCGAAACUACUACAAGAAUUGAAAUUAAAAGGAAUAACAGAUGAAGACUUUUAA